AUGGAUAUUCAUCGUUGUCGUUUUGUGGACUAUACACCUCACACUAUUACAGCCACAGCGUUUUCACAUUCGUCCUCAUUGUCACAGUUCGCUUCCAAUGAUUUACGUUUAGCCAUAGGUAGAAGUAACGGGGACAUUGAAAUAUGGAAUCCUAAGUAUAACUGGACGCAUGAAUUAACCUUACCAGGAUCUCGCGGACGCUCCAUUGAAGGAUUAUGUUGGUCCACUACUACGGAUGAUCCAUCACCAAGAUUAUUCUCCAUCGGAGGAUCUACGUACAUAACUGAAUGGGACUUAGCUACAGGAAAACCAAUUAUUAACUAUGAUUGUAAUGCUGGAGUUAUUUGGUCUAUCGAUGUUAAUGAAAAUGGUGACAAAUUAGCAGUCGGGUGUGAUGAUGGUUCAGCAGUUAUUGUUGAUAUUUCUGGAGGACCAGGGUCAUUGGAGCAUGAUUUGAUUUGCCAGAGACAAGACCUGAGAAUCUUGAGUAUAAAAUGGUAUGGGAAUGAAAAAUUAGUAAGUGGAUGUGCUGAUGCCAGAUUGAGAUGUUGGUCUGCUUCAGGUGAGACAAGAGGUAGGUUAAUGGGUACGAUGAGAGUCGAUAAAUCUAAAACUGAAAGUACAUUAGUAUGGUCUGUGUUAGUCUUACCUCAAAAACGUCAAAUAGUCAGUGGAGAUUCAACUGGUUCAAUUAAAUUCUGGGAUUUGGAUAAUUUUACGCUCUUGCAAAGUUUUAAAGUUCAUGAAGCAGAUGUUUUAUGCUUAACGAGCGACUUUACAAAAGAAAAACUCUUCUCGGCUGGGGUUGAUCGUAAGAUUCACCAAUUCGAUUUGAUAACUAACAAGAAUAAAACCUCAAAAUGGGUUCAUAGUUUCAGUAGAUUGUUACAUUCCAAUGAUGUUAGAUCAAUGUCUAUUUACGAAAGUAAAGGCUGUAAUUUCUUAAUAAGUGGUGGUGCCGAAAGAUCUGUUGUCAUACAGUCAGUUCAACAGUUCCAUGAUGGAAAGUAUAGAAAACUAGCAAUUAGCCAGCAAAAACCAAACGUUGUUAUUAACUCUUCCAAAAACUUAAUUAUAAUGUGGCAAGAUCAAUGUAUUAAAAUCUGGAGGGUAUUCAGUGAUGAAGAAUCCGCUAAUAAACAUAAAUUAGUGGCAAAAUUGACGUUGGCUGACGAUGAAAAUAUAACCAGUGUUAGUAUUAAUGAAGAUGCUACUCUAUUAGCUGUUUCAAGAUUGACAUCUUUGAAGGUUUUCACAUUGUCACAACCAAAUGGUAGCAAUAAUAAGCUAAAUGUUUCUAAAAUCAGAGAUGAAGCAUUUGAUACUUCAUUCGGCGGAGCAAAAAAGGUUGAAUUUUAUUCAAAUAAUAAAUUAUUGGUCUUGACACCUGAAGAAGACAUUCUUAAGUUCACUGUUGAUUACGAAAAUCAAACAGUUUCAUUUGAAAAUGAAAUUGAAACUGUGAAUUCAACAGUUGACAAAAAAUCAAAAUUAAUGUACAAUUCCAGUAUUAAAAAUCUAGCAAUUUCUAAGGAUUCCAAGUACUUGGCAAUAUCAAGAUUCAACUGUUCUAUAGAAAUCUUGGCUUUGGAAGUAGAUGAGACUCCUUACGUUUUGACUAAAUUGUCCUCAUUACCUCACUUAGUAAGUUUUACCAAUAAAAAUACGUUAUUGGUUUUAACUGAAGAGAAUAAGCUUUACGAGUUCUACAUAAAAAGUAAUACUGAUUCUACAGUUGAGACUUUAUUGACGCCGUGGUCCAAGAGAAACUCGGAAUUCUUACCAAAACAAUUUUUAACUUUAGAAGAUAAGCCUCAAGGGUUAUUUAUGGAGUCAUCUAGUGAAUCCUCCAAAAUAUGGAUUUAUGGCUCGACAUGGUUGUCUUUUUUUGACUUAUCUGUUAACAUACCAAUUAACAAGACCUACCAGAAUACUUCAAAUGUCACUAAUAAAAAAAGAAACAGGGAUGGACUUACUAUUCAGAACAAUAAUAAUAAUGACGAGGAAAAUGAUUUCGAUGGUAACCAAGAUAUAGUUGAAGAUAAUGCCGAAAUAUUAGAGCUUUCAUUAAAGCAAAGUCAAAUAAAUAGAUUAAGACAAAAGAUUCAAAAUGAUGAAUCAACUGAUGUCAAUGACACUACAAAACCAUUUUGGUUGACGACUAAAUAUAGACCGAUUAUGAUGGUUGAUGUGUUUGGUAAUGGUAUAGUUGUUAUUGAAAGACCAUCUUUCGCUAUACCUUCAACGCCUGCUUUUAACUUGCCAAAACUAAAGGUCUAA